UCGGCUCCCAAGCGGCUCCGGAAGUUCACUCGCUGCUCUGCACCCCCCGCGGCCGCCGGGUGGCGCUGAGGGGGGUCAAAGGUCAGAGCGGCGCCAUGACGGAGGCGGGCGGCGCGGCGGAGGAUCCGUGGGGGAAGACUGACUCCUCAUUUAGCGACAAUGGCUUCGAUUCCGGGUUCUUUGCUGACAGUACUAGAAGAGGAAGCAUAGUGUCAAGAGCAAACAGCAUAACUUCCAAUACUGGCUCCACCAGUGCAUCCUCUGUACCUAAUACAGCUGAAUGCAUGACAGACAAUGAUUGUUCUCCAACUGCAGAUGAUGAAGAUAGUGACUACAGGCAGGAAGUCGCGUAUAAGGAGACUUAUAAAGAUCGACGGAGACAGGCUCACACACAGGCUGAACAAAAGAGGCGGGAUGCCAUCAAGAAAGGAUAUGACGACUUGCAGUCAAUCGUCCCUACAUGUCAACAACAAGAUUUCUUGAUUGGAUCCCAGAAACUGAGUAAAGCCACAGUUCUUCAGAAAACUAUUGAUUAUAUCCAGUUUUUGCACAAGGAGAAGAAGAAGCAGGAUGAGGAGCUCUCCACUCUGCGCAAAGAUGUCAUGGCUCUGAAGAUUAUGAAGGCGAAUUAUGAAGCGAUUGUAAAAGCCCAUCAGAAUAAUCCUCAUCAAGGCAAGGAUCAGGUGACUGACCAGGUCAAGUUCAGUAUAUUUCAGAGCAUCAUGGACUCCCUAUUUCAGACCUUCAAUGCCUGCAUCUCUGUGACCAGUUUCCAGGAAUUGUCAGCGUGUGUCUUCAGUUGGAUCGAGGAACACUGCAAACCACAGACUCUGCGAGAGAUCGUGGUUGGUGUACUGCGGCAGUUAAACAGUCAGCUGCACUGAGUUGCCAGGAUGGUUUAGCAUUGCUGGACCGUGAGCAGAUUUAUACACUGGAAAUUUCCAGAAGUGUUAUACGAACUGUUAUCAGCAGAAAUAUUAAUAUUGAAGCACAUGGCUUAAAGAAUUUGUUGCACUUUUUUGUUCUAAUUAAAGAUGUGGAUUGUUUAUAAUUUUCGUAUUUGAAAAGGUUCAUAAGAACAUAAGAAAUAGGAUGAAAAGGUUCAUAAGAACAUAAGAAAUAGGAUCAGUAGUAGGCUAUAGGGUUCUUGAGCCUGCUCUGCCAUUUAAUAAGAUCAUGGCUGAUCCUCGAUCUCAACUCCACUUUCUCACCAGAUCCCCAUAUACCUUGAUUUCUUUAGAGUUCAAAAAUCUAGCAAUCUCACCCUUGGAUACACUCAACAAAAGAGCAUCCAGAGUCCUCUGGGCUUGAGAAUUCCAAAGGUUUAUAACCCUUUGAGUGAAGAAAUUUCUCAUCUCAGGCCAAAAUGACUCUCACCUUAUCCUGACACUGUGUUCCCUUGCUUGUCGCUUCAGCCAGGGAAAGUCUUUCAGCAUUUUCCUGAUCAAGCCCUGUCAGAAUCUUAUGCUUCAGUGAGAUCACUUCUCAGCCUUCCAAACUCUAGAUUAUGUUUUAUCGAUCCCCGUAGAGACCACAAUCAGAUCACCAUGAUCAUACAUGACAGAGCAAUCUGGAAGGGCUGAAUGGCCUACUCCUGCUGCUAAGUCCUAUGUUACUAUGUCCAGACCCCCUCAUGAUUUUGAAUACCUCUAUCAACUCUCCUCUCAACCUUCUCUUGUGUUCUGGCCAAUAUUAAUCGCUUGUCACGAAAACAUUAUCUGAUAAUUAUUAUACUGCUGUUUGUUGGAGCUUGCUGUGUGCAAUUUAGUUGCCAUGUUUCCUACACUUAAACUAACUGGCUGCAAAAUUUUUCUAAGACCUCUGACAUUUGUGAAAUAAAUUCAAGUCUCUUUUCUCUUCUAUAUGGAACCAAGGAUGGUAAAUGGAAUUUGAAGUACAGAUCAUCCAAAAUCUAAUCAAAUGGUGGAACAUGUUUGAGGGGUUGAAUGGCCUCCUUUUAAGGUCCAAAAUGUUGAUUUGGUUCCUCUCAUGGGUUUAUGUUAGCUGACUCAGACCCAAUCUGUGUUGGCAUAAGUGCAGCUUUAUGCCAAAAUGAACUUGGUUGUGACAGUUGUGAGUGCCAUCCUGUCUUAAAUGUAACUAGGAAUUAACCUAAAUAAUUACAACCUGUUUUAUUCCCCUCCAUAUUUGGGAGGAUUUAUGGCAUCUGUUUAGCUCAAUAAAUUCAAAUCUUGCAAACUGCACUUCAGCAUACUGCCUACAGCUGUAAGAAUUGCUGAGACACCUUUUUUAUUUUGUAUUUGACGUUUUUCUCCUAUAAACCAGAGGGAUGUGAAUUAGUCUUUGUGUAUAGCUAAUGCAGCCUAAGUGCUCUACAAUUUUCCCAUCUAAGGUGACACGCUCCCAAGGCCUCAGUGAUGAACUUCUAUGUCUUGAGAAGCAAUGAUCAGGUCACACUGCUAAGGAAAUAUUAACACUUCAAUAUGCACAAAAUGGUUUAAAUUAUUUAAUUUCACAAAUUUUUUGAACAAUAUGUUGGAUGUUAUUUUAUAACUUCAGUAAAGAGAAGGAAUUUUUAGAUUUUUUUUAACCAAAUUGAUUAUUUUUCUUCAGCCUAAUUAAGUCCAUUAGAAUCAACAGCCGCAAUAGUUUAAGACUUUUAUUCAAUUAAUCCAAUGAUAACAUUUUGUUUGUUCAUUUAUCUUGAUCUGGGGCUGAUUUAAUGUUGAUACAUUAAAUGUAGCCAGUUGCCAUGUCUGCUCAGAAGACUUGUGCUGGUAGCCAGGGUUGACUCUCUGAGGGGAUACCUAGUAUUACUCCACCUGAACCCCUCCCCCAACCUAUCCGACUUAGGUUACACAGCUAGAAGCCAGAACUUGGAAUGAAUGCUGUAUCCUCUGUGCUGUUAAUCCAGCCAUUGUUUUAUCAUUUGAGAGCUAAUUAUUUUAAUUAACUGCUGUAUGCAUGUAUUAUAUUUUUAUAGUCUUUCUAGGUAACUGUACUUUUGGUACAUUAUUUGCUAAUCCUUUUUAUGUAUUAAUUUUUGUAACUUUUUAGAAACAUGAUUUCCGCUGUUUAAAAAUGGGUUGAUACCAAGAUUCAAUAGUAUUGACUAUAUAAACAGUCUGUUAGUUACUGUUGCAAUAUGCUUUUAACUGAUUCAAAGGUGGAUAAGUUUGCCUCAAGUUGAUCAUUAUUUCCUCUCAGAUACAGUUGUACGGUGAAUACAUUUUUUGACUUUUUUUA